AAAAACCUGGCCUGCACAAAAACAGCAAAAGGAGUUUUUAUUGGUGAUGAAGGCACAUGGGCGGCACUGUUGAGUGCCGUCUUUUGUAGAAGAACAGUGCCGCCUUUUGUAGAAGAAGAAGAAGAGGAAGUUAGCAUUAUAUAUUCGAUUUCAGAGACACUGAUUUUCACGUGCUCUGUUUUCUAGCUUUCUUCUUCUGCAAAAUCGCAUCUGCCAUCUUCUUGGGAGCUCUGUUUUGUUUGGAUUAGCUUAUCUGUUUGACUCAGAGAAAGAAAUGGAGAGUGUGAAGAAGCAAGGGAGUUCGUCUUCCUCAUUCACUGCUGAACUCUUUGGGUUCAAGGACUCACCACCCAAGUCUUCAACUGGGAUUUUUGCUUCGAUUUUCCCACCACCAUCGCAGGUGGUGGGGAGAAACUCUUCAAGCUCUGAGCUGACUGAAUACUGGCGUAAACAGUCCUUGGGAAAUCAAGCAUGGAACACCAAGCAAGCUAUAAGUAGCGAAGAUGCACGCUAUAGCUUACCCAACAAGGAACGCAGUUCAGUUCUUCAGCAUGAAAGAGCAGAACCAUGUCACCUAAGUUCAUCUCUUUACUAUGGUGGGCAAGAGGUCUAUUCUCAGUCCCCAAGUACCCCUCAUGCCUCUGGAUCCUACCCUCUAUUCAAGAAAGAUGCUGGAGAAGAUGAUCCAAAUGGAAGCAAUGCGAACAGUGCCGCCCGAGGAAACUGGUGGGAAGGUUCACUCUAUUAUUAGGACCUUGCCUUCCCUGGCCAUGAACUCUUCAUCUAUUAUCAAGGAAUUCAUGAGGGCUUGGUAUUUUAAGUAUGGUGAAUAUGUAGUAUAAAUAAGUUGCUGAUGUCAACAGGAGGUUGCAAAGAGAUGCCUCUUAGUCAAGAAGUGCGAAACUUUUAUGUUGGUAAGGUCACCUGUUUCACAGAGUAUGUUAAUACUCUGCACUGGACUAAGUUUCUAUCUGUUGUUUGAAAGUUGUUUUUGCUUUUGAAUUAACACCUGUAAUGGCCGACGGGCUAAUGAUAUAAACCUCUUGCUCUUCAAUUAUCAGCAAAUAAAGUAGUUGCUUGAAGACUUGAAG